UUUUUUUUUUGGUCACCAUGGAUAAUCUCAAUCACUAUGGCUCUAGUGAUGAAGAAGAUAUUAAUACCGCACCUUCAGUUCAGUCUAACUCAACGGCAAUGGUGAUAAAUACAGCUCCUGAUACUGGAUUUGAGCAAAUACAACCUGAUCGACUUUACACAGCACCAACCGCGACAGAACUAACUGUUAAUGUGACUUAUGAUGAUAUGAAUCAACCUAUUGUAGGACCAAAGAACCCUUUCGCAGAACGACGAUUAGCAACGCAAAACAUUGUAACGGGACAUGUAGAACAACAAGCGAUCUCUGAAUCUGACUUUCGAACACAAAUGCGAACUUUUGAAUCGUAUGGAUAUGCACGCGAUCCUUCAGCGAACACGGCCAAUUUAACAGGACACAUUGGACAAGGUGUGAAUGGAACUGGAUUUGUAGGCAAUCUAAGGGCAGCAGCAGAUAUGAAUGGAGCCACCAUUUUUGACCGAGCACCUAAAGCUUAUAGACACAAUCAAGAUCAAAAGAAGAAACGAGCGAAAAGGGGUGAUCCAGGUGUAUUGGAAGGUGAACAUGCUUAUAAAGGACCUUGGGCUGGAUAUGAAGAUGAUGGAUAUGAAGAUCGUGGACCUCAACGUGAAGAAGAAGAAAUCAAGGAAGAACAACCAAUUGAACAAGCAGUAACAUCACGAUUUGAACAAGAUGAAAUGGCUCCUGAAGAAGUACAUGAUGAUGCAACACAACAAGACAGAAAUUCACAACCCACUGGACAUGAAACUACAACAUUCCAUGGUGCUCAAGAAUAUGAUUAUCUCGGUAGGACUUAUAUGGCUGUACCUCAAGAUUUGGAUAUCAAUCUUAAUGGUGAACCUGGUACUCAACAAUGUUUUAUUCCCAAGAAACUCAUUCAUACCUGGGAUGGACACAAGAAAGGAACUUCAGCUAUUCGAUUCUUCCCUGGAUCUGGUCAUUUAUUGUUAAGUGCGGGUAUGGAUAAUAAAGUUAAGAUUUGGGAUGUAUAUCAUGACCGAAGUUUAUUAAGAUCAUAUAUGGGACACAGCAAAGCAGUACGUGAUAUAGCGUUCGACAAUGAUGGACGAAGGUUUUUAAGUGCAGGUUACGAUCGAUGUGUGAAAUUAUGGGAUACUGAAACUGGCAGAUGUAUUCGAUCUUUCUCCACUGGCAAGAUUCCUUACUGUGUGACUUUCAAUCCGGCUCCUGAUAAACAAAACAUCUUCCUCGCUGGUUAUUCUGAUAAAAAAAUCAUUCAAUUCGAUUGCAAUUCUGGGAAAAUCACUCAAGAAUAUGAUCAACAUUUGGGGGCUGUCAAUACCAUCACUUUUGUGGAUGACAAUAGACGUUUUAUUUCCACUUCGGAUGAUAAGACCAUGCGGGCUUGGGAAUAUGAUAUUCCUGUUGUGAUCAAAUAUAUUGCCGAACCUGAUAUGCAUUCUAUGCCAUCUGUUACGUUACAUCCUAAUAAGAAAUGGAUUGCGUGCCAAUCAUUGGAUAAUCAAAUCUAUGUCUAUGGUGCCCGUGAUCGAUUCAAGGUAAACCGCAAGAAACACUUUUCUGGACAUUUGGUGGCUGGUUACGCAUGUAAACCAGGUUUCUCUCCUGAUGGUAAAUUCCUCAGUAGUGGUGAUUCAAAUGGUAAUGUCUGGGUAUGGGAUUGGAAAUCAUGUAAAUUACUCAAAAAAUUCAAGGCUCACAACAAAGUGGUGGUCAAUACCGAAUGGCAUCCUCAUGAAACAUCAAAAAUGGCAACUUGUUCUUGGGAUGGGUACAUUCACUACUGGGAUUGAUCUGGACAGUUUUGUUAUUUACUCUUAUUAUCAUGAUUGUUAUUUGAAUACG